AUGAAUGACAGAUGUGAUCAUGUAGUGUACUGGACUUGUCGAAUUCCAUGUGCGUGUGCCCUAAAAAAGGCUGCAGAUGCCGGCACAUCGAUUACACUUAAGCAUAUUCACCCAUUCUGGGCGACCCUUAAUAUCGGUGAACAGGUUGGUACGAGUGCUCCUAGCGAUGUGGAUGACGAGGUCCUUUAUACCAGACAGUUGAUGGAAGAGCUGAACGAGUGUCCUAAGGUAGUACGACGAACGGUAAAUAGAGCUCUCCACGAUAUUAUGCAUUCAGACCAGUGUGGGUUCAAACAACCCGAGGAGGUCAAGAGAAGGAAGGGGCGGCCUAAGGGGGCUAAAUCAAAGAAAAAAGCAGAGGUCAACACUCUUGCCUAUAAACAAUCCCCACAGAAAAUAGCAACACCUAAUGUGUGGGAUUACAGGGACGAGGCUCAAGGAAAGUCAACCAUAGUUACUAGCGAUUCAAGUAAGAAGCGCCCCUCGUCUUCAGGUAGUCAUACAGAUGCAUCCACAGAUAUCUUUGCGAGUGAUAUUUCACGGACGUCCUGCAAGGAAGAAGUCAGUCGUAUACGGUGGAGUGGACAGGGUUUCGCACCUGAUCGCCAUUGGAUGUGUACGACGGACUUGUUCGUAGUUGCGACUAUGAACAAUGCAAUUGUGUACUAUUUCGGUGCAGGGGAAGAGAACCAGUCACUAAACAGCUCAUGUUGGACUAUACUAGCUGUCACUGCACUCGGUGAGGCAACAUGUCCGGCAUAUGAGAUUAGGGUAUGUCACAUUGGUAUUUACAAGCACUUCAUUCGGAUCAAUUUGGACGGUAACUUUUCAGUUCCACCGAUUAAUAAUCGGUGGACUAAGGAACAUCAGCCUAGCGUUGCUGGUUGGGAAUUACCACUUCUUCCUAGAAUUCAAGAUUGGUAUAGGUUGGUCCCCUCCAAUCCUCGACGACCCGUGAAUUAUGAUAAUGAUUUCAUUGAUCUUAGUUUCUUAGAUUAG